AUGAACACACAGGAAAAACAGAACACUAUUACUACCAACCAACCAAUCAGCUUUCCACCAGAGGUUUUAGCCCGUAUCGCACCUGAUAUUUCAUUACAAAGACAUUUACAAUUGGGUUUGAGACCAUGUUUGAGAAAAUUUGAGGAGUUUAGAGAAUAUCGUACAACUGAUGGAGAACUGAGCAAUAAAAAUAAUCCCUGUGUUUUAGGUAGCAACAUAUCUAGACUAGGCGAAAUGUUUGUAAUCACUACCAUAACUGGUGGCAUAAUCGAGGAAAAUAUGCCAGUUACUGAAAUAGAUACAGUUAAGGAUGAAAUUCCCGAUUUUGAAGAAAAUACUAAGGGGGAAGUUGGUUUUGCCUCAGUGUAUCCAAUUGUUCAGGUCGAAAGAGGUAGAGUUGGUGCACCAACAGAUGAAGAAAUGAUUGUCUCACAAAAACUUUGUGAAUCCAUAUUAAAUUCACAACUCAUAACAAAUAAUAGUUUAUCCAUUAAUUCUAUUGGUAUACGUAACGCUGAAACCCAAGAAAUUGUAUAUGAUUCCCAAAAAGAACAAAAUGAAAGAAAGCUUCUAAAUAAUAGGAAAUGGUCUUAUGUGUUGUAUUCUAAACAACAAGUUUUCAGUAGAAAUUCGCCGAUUUUUGAAUUGUGCUUGAAUUCUUUAGUAUUAGCCCUAAAAACUGUUAAAUUACCCCGUGCCUACAUUGAUGAAAGAGCCAUUGAUUUGAAAAUCCCUAUUAGAACUAGAGGUAGAUCCGCUAACAUCAGAGAAAGUUACGACUUAAAUUUUGAUAUAAAUGAAAGGGUACCAUUAACAUUAAAUAUAGCUAACAUAGGUUUUGCUAGUAAUUUCGGCGUAAUAAAAGUGGAAAAUAGUAACGAAGAUCCUAUUUUACUAGCUGAUUUAGAAAGUGAGGCUGAAGAAUCUUCUAUAUUAUCAAGAAUUUCUAUAAUAUCUACACCAACUAACAAGGGAAGUGCUACCACUAAUUUUAAAAGUAUAUAUAUGGCUGCAAGCGGUGAUAAUGUUCCAAUGCAUCUAUUAAAAAGAGCUUUAGAAAUAUCAUGUGAAAGAACCAAUGAUUUAUAUAAAAAAUUAUCCAAAUAA